AUGUCCGAAGUAAGAAACAGAGGGAAAUUGGAUGAACACGACGACAAUGUCGUCGAUUCUGAUGAACCACUUCAUAAUAGUCUCACCAAGAAAAGAUCAUCAAGUUUGAGUUUGCUCACUAUCGAUACCAAACCUUUAGCACCCCCCAAUGAAGCCGAUAUUGAAAAAUUUACGAGUGACAAGUACCAUUUUAGUAUGAUUAGAAAUUUGCAUAUGGCAGAUUUCAUUACGAUGUUAAAUGGGUUUUCUGGAUUUUAUUCAAUCAUUAGUUGUUUGAGAUUUACAUUGACUGGGAGACCUCAUUAUGUUCAACGUGCUCAUUUUUUUAUCAUCUUAGGGAUGUGUUUUGAUUUCUUAGAUGGUAGAGUGGCACGUUUAAGAAAUAGAUCUUCUUUAAUGGGUCAAGAAUUGGAUUCAUUGGCAGAUUUAGUCUCUUUUGGCGUCGCACCUGCUUCCAUCGCCUUCUCUCUAGGUAUUCAAACUACAUUGGAUGUAUUUGUUUUAUCUUUCUUUGUGCUAUGUGGGAUUGCUAGAUUAGCAAGAUUUAAUGUCACAGUGGGUCAAUUACCAAAGGAUGUAAAGGGAAAAUCAAAGUAUUUUGAAGGGUUCCCAAUGCCAACUACUUUGGUUUUAGUGUUUGGUAUGGCGUAUUUAGUUUCCAAGAACUAUAUCUUUGAUGCUCUUCCAUUGGGGAUUGUUAGAGGAGGCCAAGUUUUUGAAUUCCAUCCAAUUGUUUUGACAUUCUUUGUUCACGGCUGUGGUAUGAUCUCAAAGAGUUUGAAAAUUCCAAAGCCAUAA